AUGGACCCCCCCGCCUCCUUGACAGUUUUUGCUCGCAGGCAGUCGGCAGACUCCGGUGCUGACUCCGAUGCGUACGAUGCGCCUCUUGUGGAGAAGCGCGCCGAGUCUGGCGGGCCAUACGUGCUUGGAUGCUUGCCGUUUUUCGUGGUGAACAUCUUGAAGAUGAAGGACGCAGAGAAGAUUUGUUCGCGUUCACAUUGCAUCGGUCCCGUCAUCAAGCUAGCAAUGUGGUGCCCGCUCGUGCAUGCAUCUGUGAUGUUCUGUUUCAUGGGGGUGGGUCUCCUGCACAUGUCGUGCCAGAACAAGAACGGGGGACCGCUUAGCAAGCCCGAGUGGUUCUUGCCGGCCGGGGCCAGCUGCAUCGCCCUGAUGUUGCUCGAGGUGUACAUCGCGAAGUAUUCGAGCAUCUUGUGCACCGACAAAGCCAGCAAGCAGUUUGGAAAAAAACACGAGAACGAGAAGCGCCCAAUAGGGCUUAGCCACUGCCCAGGGUGCCGCAUCCAAAAGGAAUCGAAGCCAGGAGGCCCGUUGUCUGAUCCCGAGGCCGGAGGUGUACUUGAGUGCCGCCACUGCGGGAAAACGUUAAGGCAGGGCCGUCUCCCGGUAGGAUGGCCAUGCAUGCCGGUUACUGUGAUUGACGCCUUGCUGUCCCGCUGCUGCUUCUCUGGAGUCCGCGCCAGGUGGCACGAAGAGCAGGAGAAGUUGUACUUCAACGUGUGGUUCCUCUGGCUCUUCGUACUGGGGACGAUAACCGUGUACGGGCGGCUCCAGGCGAACACCUUCCUGGGGAUGGUCCUCUACGGCUUCCUGACUGGCAACCGCGCCAAGGCCACGGACCAGAUCUGGAAAGAGACGUUGAGCCAGUCGUAUUUCAUACGACACUUCCACUUCCCGCUCGAGGCGAUCCUCCUCGCGAUGGCCGUCGCCCAGAUCUGCCACUACGCGUUCGGCGUGCUGAGCUACUGCCCGCGCUGGGCGUGGAAGACUGCUGCCCACAAGCGGUGGCAGUACGGGGAGAACGGCGGGCUCGGCAGGUGGUCGCCCUGGGGCAGGAGCUUUGAGUUCGAAGUCAAGGGGAUCGAGAAAGACAAUAAACAGAUCACGGACAUGUCGAGGUGGCAGCAGUGGAUGGAUGGAUUCGAGGGCGCAACCGCCAUGGUCACGACGUCGAGGGCGAGUAGUGCAAACGGCAAGGAUGUCUUCAUCACGGUCCCCAGAGGAGGUCCUGCGAAAGCCGGUGAGGUCGAGUACACCCCCUCUGAUGCAGACUUCCCGAUUUCCGUGGAGUGGACAACCAACAGGCACGCGUACACCACCUUGUUCGGCGGGGAGAUGACGUCAUCCACGGUCAUGGACGUUAUCGCGGAGUGCUGUAGCAUGGGUAUCUUGUUGGAGAUGCAGUGCCUUGAGCUCCACGAACACGCUAAGGCAGCUGGCCUUCUCACCAAGUACCAAGGCGAAGGUAAUCCCACGGAGAAGAUGUCUGGCGAGCUCAUCCAGGCUGUGCGACCGCUCAUGAACAGCGCUGUCAACAUAACGAGAUGUGCUUUCUCGCGGGUGUUCAUUUACGGCGUCUGCUUCUGCGGCACCAAUCUGCACUUCCAGACCACUUAUGCGAAUGUACUUUGUGUGAGCUCGGCGUCGGAGUCGUGCAACGGCGCUAAGGCGCUCUGGGUCGGCAUCGGGGCGGCAUUUGUGUCGAUGCUCCUCGUGUUGGCGAAGAUAGUUUCCAUUGCCAAGUAUCAACGUAAUGUGUGGGCCAUCUACUCGCGCUACCAGAAAGUUCUCAAGUCCGAGCACGCUGGACUGCAUCAAUUCAGCAGUUUCCAGGGGCAGAUCCAGGCAGCCAAGUGCAGACUGGUCCUCCUGUCCGCGCUGCUGUUUUCAUCGUCUGUCCUGUUCGUCUGGAUCUUUGUGUGGUUGCUUUUCAAGUGGUAUAUGGAGACAUUUGUCUGCGAAAGCCGAAUGUGGAAUAUCCCCGCCAAGCUGGACAUGACGGACAUUAUGAGUGGCUGUGUCAAUCUCAACUAG